AAAGCUUUUCUUUCUGAGAUAUACGGCCAUAAAAAAACAAAAAACAUAAAAAAAAUAGUAUACUUUUACGUAUCGACACUCUCCACCACAAGCAAACUCUUUUUGCCCCAGCCCAUUCCUUCAUUUCCUUUUUUCUUUUUCUUUCCACGUCUUAUAUUCCGGGGGCCAUUCCCAGCCUUGACCAUCCCCGCACCAUUAUUUUCCGCCUACUAUCACUACUAUUACUAUUGCAAUACUAGACCUUGUCAAAGGGAAAACAACGACCGUUACAGUACACGCACGAUUGACGAACGCACAUACGAACGAACGACUUAGAGCCUCCACACUGUCAUCAUCAUCAUCAUCAGCAAUCGAACCCAACGGAAAGAACUCCCUUUUAUUUGUGUCAACCAACAACAGCAACAAGAACAAUCAAACGAAUAUCUUCUUUACGACUACGAUACCACUUAUACACACCCAAAAAAUUACUUAUUAUGAUGGCCGACUUUAAUACUGAACCUAUCAUGCUUCGUCACGACUCGUCGCUGGCCGCAGCCGAUGACAAAAUGAUGCUCUACCAGCAACAACCAACGUGUUUCCCCGAAGAAGACCGUGGAGACCUCAUGAUGGACGUACCUCAGAACCUGGGUCCGGAACAAGUAACUUAUGAGUUCCCUCCCAAAGCCCGUUUGCAAGCCCUUGCUCAAAUCUAUGACAAUGACCCCGCCGACGACUGCUCAUUCUUUGACGAAUCGUCAUUCACAACCACUUCCACUUUCACCAACGAUCUUCGCUCUACCUCUGCAUGUUCUUCUCGCCAUUCGUAUGCAACACUGUCGCCCCCGGUCGACUACGCGAACGACCAUUUGGACCGUUUCUUUGAUUCUGUUCUGGAUCAAGUGGUUAGUUGUAACAACCCUAUGGAACGCCAACACCAAGAACAGCAAAUGCAUUGUGACACCAACAGUGACGAAGACGACGACGAUAGCUACUUGGUGGACGAUGGUCGGUUGUCUCCCUUGGAGUUGCCUGAGCAAGAAGAGCAAGUACGUCGCGACCGAGAACAGUCGUGUGACUCUACGGCUACAGUCAAGCAACAGGUUGUAGCCGCUCCGUGCUCUUUCCUAGGCUCUGUACGCGAAGAGCAGCCCCGUCCUCAUUCCCAUAACCAGUGGCCUGAGCAUCAUCAUAAUCAUCGUCAAGGCUUGUACCGUGGUGGCUUCCAGAAGAACAACAGUAGACCAUCUGCUGUUAAUUCAGAAGAUCUGCCCGUCUUUUGCAGCGAGUCCGAAUUACUGCGACGACCCACCACGUACUCGUCUUCAUCCUCGUGCGCAGCGGCGAGCGACAUGACCAACGAAUCCCACAUUGUGGUGAUCAGACUCAGUAAAAAAACUAAAGUCUCAACCCCCAUCAUCGACCGUUGCCCCAGCAGCCAGACCACUUGGAGCAGCGACGAAGGCUAUGAUGACAACGACGACGUCGACGGUUGCAGCAACAAAGAACUGCCCAUCGAGUCUGCGUCCAUCUUUCUGCCUUUGUCCGACCAGGAACAAGAACAUUUGAUCCACAACGAUAUACUGCGCAGCGCUGCCGCAGUCAGAAUCCAAGCAGCAUGGCGCGGAUAUCGUUUCCGACGACGACAACAGCAACAGCAAUUCAAGAUCAAGCCCAAGCAUCGAUUGAUGGUUGACGUCGUACGUCUCUGUGGCCAAGUCCACCGUCAGCAAAUGAACCGUGUCCAAACCCGUCUGCAUGAUGUAGAAGACGACCUGCGCGAAGAAACAGCGAUGCGGAUCGCUUUUGAAAAGGCCAUGGAAGACAUGACUGUCCUUGUAGACCAGCAACAAAAAGUUCUGUACGACCGGCUUGAGCAAGAGAUCAACAUGCGCCAAGUCUAUGAGCGCAAAAUGGAACAAGCACUGCUUCAAGUCGAGCCUCUCGAAAGGAAUAUCCGCAAGGAAGCCAAGGCCCGCAAUGAACUGCAAGGCAUGAUGACACGUGUCCUCGAACAGAUGCAUGACAUGAAGCGAGAGCAAAAGGCAGAGACCGAGGCUCGCAAGAAGCUCGAGCAGCAAUUGUCAGAAGCGCAUGCCGAAAUUGAAAAACUGAAACAACGACCGACUGCUACUGCUAUACGUGUCAAGCCUGCAGCCGCUACUACGGGUCAACAGCCACGGACAGGAUUGACAGUCCAUGCUGGUGCACGCAGCGUGUCAUCCAUGGCAACAUCAGUACCUAGCAGCAAGUCCACCGUGUUACGACGCAACAACGCGGCACAACGACCCACUUCCAGAGCAAGUUCCCGGAUGAGCUCUCGGACGGAUACCACCACCACCACCACCACCCGGACCACCACAACCACAGCUACUGCAGGCACUGCAGCUAACAAACGGUUGAUACCGAGGACAACGACUCCUGUGUCUCGAAAGAGAUAAAAUUCAUCAUUCAUAAUUUUCAUUUACCACCUCCCCCACCCCUUAUAGAUACACUUUCUAACUCCCGUCAUAUUUUUCAUUUGUCUUCAUUCUCUCUUCUUCCCCACCCCUUUCUGCCUUUUUUCUAUACUCCUCACUUAUUACUUCUUCAAACUCAUCCAUAUUACACAUCCUCCCCUCCCCACUCCCCACCAACCCCCCCAAAACAUAAACAAAAGUGCUUAUAUCACACAUACUUUAUGUUGCAAUUAGCAAAUCUCUUUGUAUGACACCCUUUCUUUUCUUCUUUAUUUAAUAACGUAGUAAAUCAUUUUUGAUAUGAGGAAUAAGCUUCUGGAAAUUAGUCUCCAUUUUUCUGUAAAUUUCUCAUUAUAAUUAUUAAUUGACCUAUUCAAAGUUAUUCCUCCUCUGUCUCUAAUACUGAUAGUAGUAAUAAAAUUAAUAACCCUUCCAUACAA